AUGGCCGAAGCUUCGCUCGCUUUCCCAAUGAUUUGCCUAACCCUUUCGUUCCUUUUCGUCGCUCUCUUCUACAACGUAUCGAUUAAAAGCCGCAUCAGAGCUUUUCAUCGCUGCAUUCUCCUCCCAACUUACCGAUACGUUGAGCGCAAGCUGAACAACCGAGCCCACGAGGCAGUCCCGAUGUCUGAGCCAACGGAUGAACCAAGAGAUGAACCAACAGACGAAUCAACAUAUGAAACGAUCUCCGUCGAUGAAAUAACUGACGAGCCACCAGAUGAACCGAUGCCAUCGCCCGAGCUACCUUGGUUCUUCCCACGCUCACGAACUCGAUCCAGUGAACAUCAACCUUUGGAUGACGCCAAUUCAGAUCUGGAGGAACACAGCUCAAGUCGAAUCACCCAACCCCCUGGCAACGUCUACUUCGCAGACUCAACUGUGCGGUACCGCAACGAAGGCGGAUACCAUGUGAUCAACUUCUCACCUCACACUCCGCUACCAAACACUUCUGGGUCUGCAGAAUCCGACGAAGACUACACCGAUGAUGAGUCCGAACAUAGGGUGCUGGCCUACACCACGCGAGAUGAUGUCAACGCGGUUCCUAAUGUGUGGGAAUUUGAGCUCGAGCGGCCUAUCUAUGUCGUUGACCGUCAUGCUUCAGCAGUCUGGGUGGAGCGGAUGAUAGAAUGGACUGCACAGACUGCCUUUGCUAUGGUAGCUCCUCCUGUGAUCCUGGAGGUCAUGAACGAACGUUAG